GUCAUAAUAUUGUACAACAAACGAAAAACAUUUCAUUUUCCUGUAAUAAUGGAGAGCGAAGGAUCAUUUCCUAAACCAGAAACAAUUCGCAUAAGAUAUCGAGACCUUGGUGACGAUGACAGUAAUUCAUACUAUCUUGCAAGUACAAAACUUCGACCGUAUGUGGGUGAGGAAAUUUAUGUUGAUCCGAGGAAAUAUUCUAAAGUGGACGGCGAUGACGUUGACGAUGCUUUGCUAAACAGUUUCAUAGAGAGAGUUUUGUUAUCUGUGACAAUGAAGGAGGCAGGCGAGGAUGACUUUGGGGAUUCAAAAUUGGAAAAUGAUUCCGGAAUUUCUCCUUCAAAACGGAGAGCAACAAAAAUUAAUAAGGAUCGAAGCUUAAAGCAAAGGCGUCAAGAUAAAAAGAAUAUUAAAAAGGACAGAAAAAGAGAAGAAGACGUUCCAUUUGAAGCAGUGACAGAGAUGAACAAUGUUAAGCAGUCUACUGAGCGAAAUAUUACACUGCCACUCAUCGAAUUUAGGAAAAUGGUAAACGCCGAGAUAGAAUCAAGAGCAGCCUGUAUCCAUGCAUACUACCAGAAGCAAUGGGAUCAUUUACAACAAGACAGAAUGGCAGCCUACAGGUCAUGUAUUUUGUGGAAAGAGGACUGCAAUAAAGCAGAGAACAUGUAUUUAAAAGUAGAAAAAGAGCUCAUCAAAUUACAUACUGCAUAUGACUCGCUAGCGACAGAGAUGACAAGUAUCAAGGAUGCUAAACGUAAACGUCGCAAUGCGGCCAAGACGCGACGGAGCAACAAAGACCGAAACAAUAACGACAACGACGAGAACAUACCAUACAUGGAACCGAAUUCAGUGUAACAAUUUUGGUUCUCAUUUGUAGUUGAGAAAAUCAACUGUUUAAUAUAAUUGAUAAGAAUGUUCGUUUGACUCUUUAUAUACCAAAAAAAGGUUACCUGAGACUCAUAAUAAACAUUAACCUCUAUAUGACAGAAAUCUGUACGGUAAUCAUUGUUUGGCCUAUGUUACACGGUUUUCUCUAAAAGUGACCACGCUCGAUACGCGGCAAUGCAUUAAUCUUUUAAUAAAAACUAACCAUAUUAA